ACUUACCGUGCAGUCCCCCCUCUCAUGGAGGAGGCCUUCAUCGUGUAGCAUCUCGUCCACAGAUGGGACAUAUUCCCCCAUGGCUGACAUGUCAAAGCUGUGAGACUGUACGGAGAGCAAUGGCGCAGCUAAGAGACUGUACGGAAAGCAAUGGCGCACGAAUCGUACACAAUCAAGAACAGCAGGCGAUGUCUGGGUCGGAUUCUAAGACCACCUCCGCUUUACGAAGUGCCUACAGAAUCGGUCUGCUGGAAUUGCACACCUUCAAAGUCAGUCUGCUUGUCAGCCACUCUGACCAAAUUUUUCACCCAGCAGUGGGCAGCAAUGUGCCAGUACCAACCACACCCGCACCUGAUCCUCUUCCUGAGACAGCUUCGGCGGUCAAAAGGGGUAAGACUCCUAAAGGUGUGAAAACUCCCACAGGAAAGUCUCGGAACAAACAAAGGCCAGAAAAGCCAGAGAGCCCAAGCACAGGGGCCAGACCAUUGAGAGACAAGGGAAAAUCUACAGGGAUGGCAAUCCCAGCAGAAGCGAGUUCAACUGCCGCAGAGCGCCAGAUCCCAGGAGCAACCUCGCCUAGCAGUCCUGGCAAGGAUGUGAAAGACAGUGACACUUAUGGAAAAGCGUCAGCAGUGCCGCUGGCGGAACAACUGCAGAAGGUGGACAGCAAGGAUGCAUUAACAAACGCUAUGAAGCAGAGCGGCGAUGAUGCUAAGAGAGCGCUUUCCGGAAGUACCAAUCGGCCUUCCUUGGAUUUUACGCUGCGAGGGGGAGUGCUCUGUCUGGUCACUGGAGAGGGAGCUUUAGGGAUUUACAGAUUGGUCACAGUCCGAGGACCAGUGGGAUUUGCAGGCAGCGCACAAGGUGCGGGAUGGUCUUCAGGAGAUGACCAAAUGUCACUGAUUUCUCAAGCAGAGUUCAGAAUUGAACCUUUGUUCAGGUUGAGAAAGGAGGAGAUAGCUUCUCUGCUGAAAAUCGAUCCAAGGAAGGCGAGUGAAAUUGGACUUCCUGGGUUCCAUUUGAGAACUGUGGGUGGCCAUGCCGUGCUCACUCAGGGCCCAAAUGCAAACAGACCCAAGGGUCAAAGCAUGCAUGCACUGCCAGGCACAGGGUGUAAUUCUAGCCUCUUCUUCUGGUGGCCACAAAUGAACAAGCUACUUCUGUUCUCUCCUCCGGAGCUAUGGAAGAAAGGCAGAGCACUAUCUGAAACUCUAUCUCAACAUAUUCUGGAGCUGAAGCCGGGCAUGGCCCCGGUACCUUUUGUAUCUAAAGAUCUGACGCUGGAGCCGGUUUCCAGCAGUGUCUCGUAUGCGGAGGAUGGUGAGCUCGACGACGAGGACGUGGUCAGUUACUAUGAUAACCUUGCCGCACGGUGUGUGUAUUGGGGAGUAGAUAGUCAGAGGGGCUGUAAAGGGGAUGUGAUGGACAACGUUGAACACGAGGCGAGGGCUGGCGAAUGGUGGAUGUACCUGAUGGAGGUCUCUUCUCAGGUCGGUGCCGGGAAUACUGACGUCGACAGUGUCACUCGUCUGCGGCAGCGUAAUGGAGAUCAGAUGAGUGAGGGGGAGGGGGCGCAGGGGUUCUUGGAAGAGGUGGUAGUUGUGGCGGAGGAGAGGCAGAGAAUGGGCGAGAUUGGAGAGAGGGGUUGGCAGGUGGACAACGACAACAACAACAACAACAACAACAACAACAACAACAACAACAACAACGACAAGGAGCUGGGACUGGGCGAAAUUGCCGACGAGGGCUGUAAUGGAGAGCACGUGGGUGAGUGGGAGGUGGUGCAGGGGUCCAUGGCAGAGGUGGUGCUUGUGGUGGAGGAGAGGCAAGGAAUCAGCGAAAUUGGAGAGAAGGGUUGGAAGGUGGACAACAACAACAACAACAACAACAACAACAACAACAACAACAACAACAACAAGAAAAACAGCAACAACAACAAAAACAACAACAACAACAACAACAACGACGGUGAGCUGGGAUUGGUCGAAAUUGGCAAUGAGGGUGUGAAGGGCCACAACAACAAUGACAACAAGAAGGACGGUAAGCUGGGAUUGGGUGAAAUCGGCGACGAGGGCGAGAAGGGUGAUGAACACGAGGGGAGGGCUGGAGAAUGGUGGGAGAACUUGAUGGCGCUCUCUCCUCAGGUCGGCGUCGGGAAUGCUGACGUCGACGGUGUUACUCAUCUGCGGCAGCGUAAUGGAGAGCACGCGGGUGAGUGGGAGGUGGUGCAGGGGUUCAGGGCAGAGGUGGUGGAGGAGAGGCAAGGAAUCGGCGAGAUUGGGGAGAAGGGUUGAAAGGUGGACAACAACAACAACAACGAUGGUGACCUGGGAUUGGUCGAACUUGGCGAUAAGGGCGAGAACGACGAUAAUCACAACAAC